AUGCUGCAAAGACGUCCGCUUACUUAACCACAAGGAAUCCCUCUAUUUGGGCUUAUAUAUUAACUUCUUCAAACCCUUUGUUUAUCUUUCAAUACUUCUUUACACAAAAGAUAUACACAACAAUCUCUCUCUCUCUCUCUCUAUCUCUCUCUCUCUCUCUCUAUACACACACACACGAAUCUGCUGCUGUUCACCUUUCUGAGAUCGGAGGCUGACUUCCGACGGGGAGUUUUGUUAUGAUGGGUGUGUCCAACAGGUGUUCGCAUACUUCCCACAUCACCGAGAUCAUCAUCACCAGCUUCUUCCGCCACAAGAUCAUUUAAACAAACUCAUCUCUUAAACAAUAACAAGAUUCAGUUUUUCUUGUUCACAGCAUCACGUUUAUACAUAAAAUAAUGACAGCUCGUUGAGUAAUAAUAAUAUACCCAAGCAGUUCUGGUGGGUACUAUAUAUUAUAGUGGUAGCCAUGGCAGCUCGGAGCUAUCUCUACGGUGGUGAUUCUGGUAGUGAUGCCGUCGGUGGUGGUGGUGGCUCAGGUUUUAGUUCUGUUAUGCUAACAAACAAAAGGGUGUCUUCUUCUUCUUCUAAGCCUCUUGAUUCCUUCUUUGUCUCUGGAUCCUCUCAUUCUUUCGUAGGGUCCAGAUCAAUGGUUAGUUUUGAGGACAAAAGAAACGGGUCAAGUGGCUCGUUUUUUCGAACAUUUGAUCAAGAAGACAAUGGGGAUGAUGAAUAUGAUGAUUACUUUCACCAUCCGGAGAAAAAAAGACGACUCAAAGCCGAUCAAGUUCAGUUUUUGGAGAAAAGUUUUGAGACCGAAAACAAACUCGAGCCCGAACGAAAGAUUCAGCUAGCGAAAGAGCUUGGAUUGCAGCCGAGACAGAUUGCGAUCUGGUUUCAGAACCGCCGUGCACGGUGGAAAACCAAACAGCUAGAGAAAGACUAUGAUGUUCUCCAAGAAAGUUACAACCAACUCAAGGCUAAUUAUGAGAAUCUACUUCAAGAAAAGGAGAAACUAAAAUCUGAGGUUCUUGAUUUAAGUGACAAGUUACUUCUGCAAGAAACUGAAAAGGGAACCUCGGAUUCAUCAAGUACUAAAAGCCCAUUUGAGCCACUACAACAAGAGCAUGUUGCAGAUUGUGUGAAUGAUGAAGAUGUAACAAAGACCUCAAAUGAUGGGAUCCAAUCUUUAUUGGAGCGGGGUGAUUCGUCUUAUUUGUUUGAACAAGAUCAAAGUGAUGAAUCUUUAGAUGAAGAAGAUAACUUUGGGAAGAUGUUUGUAACUCCUGUUAGUGGCUACAUGCUGCCAAAGAUUGAAAAUGGUGAGUACCCAGAACUGGAUGCUGUGAAUUCUUGUUACCUUGGGUUCAAUGGUCAUGAUCAAGAUGGCAGUGAAGACCAGUCCUUUGGUUUUUGGCCUUACUGAGUUAACUCAGAGACCUAUGUUAAGUUAUUAUGUAAGUUUUAUUGUUGUUAUAUAUUCUUCGUGAAAUUUCUCAAGAAUGAUGUAGAAAGGAAUAAAGUCCCAACUUGUUACACCCUCAAUCCAUGAGUGGUGAUGUUGGUUUCUUGUAUUUUUUUCUUUUUUUGUAUUUUCAUUUUGAUAGCAAGUAAUAAAGUCAUGUAAACAACUAUAACGUCAAUCUUGUCUUUAUCUAUUAAGUUUUUCAAA